GUAGUACGCGGCUAUUCUCAAAUCUUAAAUAUCAAUUCUCAAUUCUCAAAACGUUACUAAUACUCGGUCUCCCUCUCCCAAAGCCUCAUACUCCAUAUAUAUUCUCUCCACUCUUUCAUUCUUUCUAUCUCCUUUCUUCUGCUCAUUCCAUUCUCACAUUCAAGAAAAUAAAGAAACCUUCACUCCCAUUUGUAAUAACCCUUUUUUUAAAAAAGAACAAAACAUGUAUAAUCAACAACAACCGCCUGUUGGUGUUCCUCCUCCUCAAGGUUAUCCACCAGAAGCAUACCCAAAAGAAGCAUACCCACCAGCCGGGUAUCCUACACAAGGCUACCCACCCCCACAAGGAGGUUAUGGAUACCCUCCACAAGGUGGGUACCCCCCUCCUCAGUAUGCCCCACAAUAUGCUCAACCUCCUCCUCAGCAACAGCAGCAAAGCGUUGGUUUCAUGGAAGGAUGGUAUACCUUCUUUUUCUUAGAUUUAGAUCUCAAAAUUUUUAAUUUCUACUUGUUCUAGUCCUCCGAGUUGACUCGGCUGUGUUGGAUGUUUUCAAUUCUCCGUAAAUUUCGGUUGGGUUGGUUAUUUGGGUGAGCAAAGUCUUGGCCUUCUUAUUUUUCUAUGACGAAAUUUGCUCUCUUUUUGAAGAUUUGUGCAAGGGGUAUUUUGUCAAUAAUCUGUCAUUUACUUGCUGGAUGACCUUAAGUUUGUACAUAUUACUCAACAAUCAAUCCAUUAUCUGUCAAUUUAUCAAGCUUUCUAUGUAAUGUGUUAGUAGGGUAUUUGCGAAGAUUUGGAAUUUCCACUGUAUGUUUGUGGUAUGAUAGCUUAUGAGUUAAACUUACAAUUUAUAACACAUUUUUAAACAAUAGACAUCCUCGAUAGAUUGAUAGCUCCAUGUUUGAUCAUGAUAACUUUUCUUGUGUGUUGGCCUAUUUGCAGAAAUUUAUAGUUUUGUGCAGAAGGUACCAGUGAUUAUUGGAUUUACAAUUGGAUUCAAAUUUUUUCUAGGAGAUGCAGCAAUUUGAAUUUUUGGCUAUAAUCUAUGCAUAGGAAAUUGCCUUUUUUCACUAUACUAAUCUGCUUUAUGGGUUUUCUUGCUCCUUUUAUCCGAAUGGUAGAACAAUCUUAGAUUAUAAGUAAUUACUAUUAUUUUCAUACAAUGUUCUUAGCCAGGGAAGCUUAACCACAUUACCAUAAGGAAUGUUGUAUUUUUUGUAACACUGCACCUUAAUCUUGUUUUCAUAAGGAGUAAUAAAUAUCCAGUUGGUUGAUGUUCCUCAUAUUUGAAGUAAUUGUGCUAUAUUCGCAAUAUCAUUGGGAUUAGAGAUGACAAUAGAGUCCAAUGAUUAUGUAUUGCGUAAACUUUAUGGGUUUUUUUUUAUUUAGGCAUGUGAAUAUAUCUCCCUUUUUAGUCUAAUUUUGGUGGCAGUGUGUUUGGAUUAGCUGAAAUAGAAUGGUUAUGCUAAUAAUUGGUGGAUGGUAGGUGGUAGGUACUACAAUGAGCAAAUGAUUAAUUUAAUUAGGCUGUAAUCAUAAAGAGGAAUAGGGCAAUUGUGCUGAAGCCUGAAGCCUGGAGCCUGGAGCCUGGAGCCUUAUUAGAAUAUAGCCUAGUGUUUUAUUCUCAUUCUUAGGGCUUAUGUGUUUUUUGAGAAUGAGAUGUUCUCUUCAACUUCUGGUUUCAGUCAAGUCAAUUUAUAAUUCAUAUAUUUUAUCCAGUUGGAAGUAAUGACCUGAAUAUUAUAAUAGGGCAGCCUUUAUUAUCUGACUUGGUUCAAAGUCCUGUAUUUUGUAAUUUUUAACUGAGAAGUGCUCAUCUGGUGAAAUCAAAAUCUGUGAAGUCUUGAGGAGAACUUGCCUGCAUGUUUAGGCUUGUUUCUUAUGGAAGCCACCAUUAGUCUUUCUUCAUGCACUCCCAUAAGUUUAGUAAGUAAAGGCACUUUCCUUAACGUCAUGCUUGUGAGAUGUGAUAUUCAGAAUAUUCCCAAUGCUGAUUAAUCGAUAACACUGAGUAAUUAAAAGUAAUUUUCAAAUCCGGUCAAUUUUUAAUUUGUCAAACAUGUGCUAAUAGUUUUGGUGCUUUGUUGCUUAAAGGACCAGUCAAAUGUUAUUGCUUUAUAGUAGCAUGUGCAGUCUUGGUAGAUGCUUUGUUUGUUAUAGGAUUUCGAGAAGAUAGACACUUAUCCUAGAAGUUAAGUUGUAUGUUGUAGCUGUACUUAUUUAUUCUCAUAUGUUUGUGUUGAACUUUAUUUUCUUAAAGCACUCUAAUGUCGUCAAUUUGGUAGUAUUGAGUUUGUACUCUGUUCUUAGCUUAAGUUCCAUUUGAUUUGCAGUUUGGCUGCUCUGUGCUGUUGCUGCCUGUUGGACGCCUGCUUUUGAUCGGGAGAUUUGAUUUGAAUUGGACUGGUCACUGGAUGAUGGUGAGAGUUAGACAAAAUUCAAUGGAUUCAAGGGGUUUGUUUCACAUGAUAUGUAGUUAUUAAACUCCCAAAAGUUUGAUUGCUCUUAAUUGUUUUUCGUAAAUAAUUUGAAAGUUGGAAUCAAAAAAAAAGUUUGUUUGUUUGCUCUUAUUGUUUUCUUUAAUUCUUGAUUUAAUAUUAUUAUUACACUAAGUUGUAUUAUCUGAA